AAUCUUCAAAUCCAUUCAAAUUUGCUUCUGUUAAUAACCACUGUUCCUCUCAAAUCACGUGGAACACUGUUUUCUCAUUUGAAAAUCAAUUCUCCUGUAGCAGAAUUUCCAAUUUAAAACCCUGAUUGAGCCGAAUUUAGGGUUUCUUUAGGUGGGAUACACAUAUCCACUGUCAUUUACAUCUAAACGUAGUUACCCUUGAAUACUAUUGGAAGAGGAGGAAGAAGAAGAAGAAGAGAGAGCGAAAAGGGUUUCUCAGUUGAAUGUAAUAUGAAAUUGAGGGAGUAUUUUGUAUGUAGUGAUAAUAAUAAUAACAACGACAGAAAUGGGGGAAGCAAAAGCUUGGAGAUAUAGUGGAGGGGUGUUGGUUUUGGCUAAUAAUAAUCAUCGUAAAAAGCUGAAGCAUAAUCAGCACCCAAAGCAUUGUUGUUGGUUAUGGCAGCCGGCGGAGACGGCGGCUAUGGGGAAAGGACAGAGGCGGCGGAUCUCGUGGUCGGUGGUGUGUGGGGUGAUGUUGUUUGCUUUAGGUCUAAUAUCGUUAUUUACCGGUCAUGUGGCUUCGAAUCUCGAGUGGUACUCUCAGAAACUCGUUAAACAUCGAUUAUGGUACAACAAGAUGGGUGGAUUCAGUCAUGGACCAAUUGACAUUUGGAAAUCCAAGUUCUCAAAGUUCUAUUACGGAUGCAGUGAAAGAGGUCCUCAUUAUGCACCCCCUGUUCGUGAGCCACUAUCAAAUGGCUAUCUGCUUAUUGGUGCCAGUGGAGGGCUGAACCAACAAAGAACAGGAAUAACAGAUGCUGUAGUUGUUGCACGAAUACUAAAUGCUACUUUGGUCGUUCCUGAGUUGGAUCAUCAUUCAUUUUGGAAGGACGAUAGUGACUUCGCAAACAUUUUUGAUGUCAAUUGGUUUAUCUCUUUCCUUGCAAAGGAUGUGCCUAUCGUCAAAAGAGUACCGGACAAAUAUAUGAGAUCACUUGAAAAACCCCCAUAUACGAUGCGUGUCCCACGAAAAUCAGAACCGCAGUAUUACGUUGAUGAAGUUCUGCCCAUACUGUUGAGGCGACAUGUUGUUCAGCUGACAAAGUUUGAUUACAGGCUUGCUAGUGACCUUAACGAAGAACUGCAAAGGUUACGGUGCCGGGUCAAUUAUCAUGCUUUCCGCUUUACAAAACCAUUGCAGAAUCUUGGUCAUAAGCUGGUGAUGAAAAUGAGGAAGAUGUCGAAUCGCUUUAUUGCUGUUCACUUAAGGUUUGAACCUGAUAUGCUUGCUUUUUCUGGUUGUUACUAUGGUGGUGGCGAUAAAGAGAGAUAUGAGCUCGGUGAAAUCAGGAAAAGAUGGACAACUUUGCCUGAAGCAAGUCCUGAUGGAGAGCGGAAGCGAGGGAAGUGUCCCCUUACGCCAUAUGAGGUGGGGUUGAUGCUGCGUGCUCUCGGUUUUAAGAAUGACACAUGCAUUUACGUUGCAUCUGGUGAAAUUUAUGGUGGUGAAGAAACUCUGCAGCCUCUUAGGGAACUCUUUCCAAAUUUCUACACAAAGGAGAUGCUGGCUAGUGAAGAGCUUGAACCUUUUCUUCCGUUUUCUUCUCGUCUUGCAGCUAUAGACUACAUUGUUUGUGAUGAGAGCGAUGUCUUCGUCACAAAUAACAAUGGGAACAUGGCAAAAAUUCUUGCUGGUAGAAGGAGGUACAUGGGGCAUAAAAGAACCAUUCGACCAAAUGCGAAAAAGCUCAGUGCUUUAUUCUUGCAACGAGAGAAGAUGCUGUGGACCACUUUCUCUAGCAAGGUGAAAUCAGCCCAAAGGGGCUUUAUGGGUGAACCAGAUGAGAUGAAACCAGGCCGUGGUGACUUUCAUGAAUACCCUUCUUCCUGCAUCUGCAAGAAACCAUUCAAAUUCUCUGACCUUGAUAACCACAGAAACCAAACAGCAACAGAAGUUCCCUUUAACCCUGAAGCGGGAUCUGGAUAUGGGCGCAAUGAAGAAGACCAAGGUGUCAAUAGUAUGCAGGGAAUCGAAAAUGCAGGUAUGAUGACAAGAGAUCAUCAUAAUGCAUCAUCAUCACUAGAAGAGAAGGAAGAUGAUGACUUUUUGGCUGACUAGGUGCAACAAAGAAACCCGAUGAUGAUUUGUCUCAUCGACGCAGAGUUUUACUUUAAGGUGACAUGACUUCAAGUGACACGACUCAACAAUGGCAUUGUGCCUGUUACUACUAUAAAUGUUUGUAUAUGAAAGUGUAACUGCAACAGCAAAUACAAUUGUUGAUUAUAUAGUGUCUGUAAGGUGUUGUAGCUUUGUCAAGUAUUUGCUUUCUUUUACAACCCCAAGGAUCCAACAUCAUUGGGGUUUUCUGUACUCCUUUAUUCCAUCUUUUGUAAUCAAUUUCCAAGUUCAAAGGUGAAAUAGAGGCCCAAAACAAUGGUUGUUUGCUUGAU